AUGAGCCACUCCGAUGGUUCAGUUGGACCGCAGGGGGAAUUGACCCCUCCACCCUCAUACCACCCCGAUGAUGCGUCCCCUGUGGAUCUUCCAAAAGUCGCCGAGACGCCGCCUUCAGCCUCAUUAGGUGAUGAUACUAUCCAGUGUAUGUAUGUCGUUGACUGCAACACUGGGUCCCAACUGCGGAAAGCAAUCUCGCACAUAUUUGGAAGGAACAAGAUGUGCACCAGGAUGAUUCCCCAACAUGUCUGGGUCCACUAUUGUCGUAAACACUACCAGCGGUCACGAUAUAGAAACCCGAAGGAAUACGCAAAGCUCCAAUGCGACCUUGUGCAACAACAAAUCCGCCGUGUUCAUGAGUGGUCUUUUAACAAUGCGGCAAAGGGGAUGCCUGGGGUCUUACAAGAUUGGGGUCUUGCAGUGCGCAAGAGGGAACAGAAACGCCUCGAUGAUAUGGGUGGAGUGAAGCGAAAGAGAACUGAAUCUGGUCCUAAUGCGAGUGAUGCUGGAGAUGGUGAGGAUGGAGACGAUGACACCGGAUUUGCUCGUCCUCCCACUGCUGUGCCAAAAUGGCUUCUCGAGUUAUGUGGGAAGGGUUAUUCGACACGCGGGAUUAUCACCGUUUUUAAUCGUCUCCACAACGAGAUCAUCGCAGAUCUGAUACCUUGUCUGCCGGAUAUUGAACUGCUUCCCAAUAUCUACGUCAAGGAAGACUCCAAGUCUCUAAAGGCAUCUGCAUCGAAAAUGGCCGUAGCUAGCUCCCACAAGCGCUCACAGUCUUUGGGUGGCCCUGUACGUUAUGGCCAGCCGUCCUUCGGCACUGGAGUUGAGUUUGACUACUCCCAUCAGCGGCGCCCAAGCCAGUCUUCGUCCUGGGGCACCGAGGAGGUUCCACUCCAGAAACGCCGCCGCCCUAACGAACCGGAGGAUAUGCCUUCCCAUCCUCCUGUACUGCCAUUCAGACGGCAAAUGCAGUUACCAAGUCGACCCGCUUUGGCCGACGAGCGCCAGGUGGACGGUCGUAAGUUCCAUAUUGGGGAGCCUGCCGCUUCUUCCAGCUCUCACCGGGCUCCUUUACCAGCUCCAACCCCGCGAAGAUAUGAUAACCCGUCCGCCGCUGCCCAUUUCGAAUCUAGCUAUUCCCAUGAUGCUCGAAGGCCGGCCCACCAACGGUCCCGGUCAGACGUCAGCGCUUUUGGUACAGGCUGGUCUAGAUAUACGGCUCCUUCCUAUCCCACCAACCCUGCGCAUCCCACCGACCACCCAAGGCCAGUUCUCUUCGAGGGCCAAACUGGCCCGGCUCCUGCUGGAUUCUCUAUGCCACGAAACGACGAAUACCAGGCUGCCCAGGGUAGUAGUGGUAUCCAAGCAGCCCACCAGCGCCCUCCGUUUGGCCAUAUCAGGCAUCAAAGCACCCCAAUGGGACGGGACUAUGGCCCUAUCCAAGGCACAGAUGACCGCCGUCGGAAUGCAAAUAUCACAGAGUCCUCCCAGGCACGUGAUUUAUAUAAGUCACGCCGUUGA